UCUUUCAUUUCAUCUUCUUUCACAUUCUUCCAUCUUUUCACGCUUCUUACUUUAAGCAUUCUCUUAAUUCAUCUCUUCAAUUUUAUUUUUUUGCCAAUUUUUUUACACUGUGUUGUUGAAUUAUCUGAAAAAAACUGUUCUGUUAGGUUUUUGCAGGUGUUUGUUGCAUGGAAAAUUGAGUUCGAAUUUCUUGGUUUAAGGAUCUAUGUGUGCCAUUAUUUACGGGAACAAUGUCUGACAAAAUUAGUGCUGAAAAGCUUCUCAACAAUUUCGUGGAAACACUUGCCGAGAAGCAAAAAUCUGCGUCAUACUUUCAAGAUGUGACGGCAAACUCAAUGACCUCCCAGUUUAAUAGAUUGUUUGGACGCGAGAAACCCGUGCACCAUAUUUUAGGCGGUGGAAAAUCUGCUGAUGUCCUGUUAUGGAGGAACAAGAAGAUCUCAGCAAGUGUUUUAACUGCGGCAACAGCUAUAUGGGUGCUUUUUGAAUGGCUUAAUUAUAAUUUCCUAUCUCUUCUUUUCCUUGGUCUUGUUCUUGUCAUGUCUGUACAGUUUCUUUGGACAAAUGCUUCCGGCGUGUUUAGCAGCAGGCCAUCUAAAGUUCCGCGUCUGGUUCUCCCGGAAGAUUUCUUUGUAAAUAUUGCAACUGCGGUUGGUGCUGAGAUUAACCGUGGUUUGAGGGUUCUUCAAAAUGUUUCAUGUGGAGGAAACUUGAAGCAAUUUAUUCUUGUUCUAGUAAGCUUAUGGGCUGGUGCUGUGAUCGGGGGCUGGUGCAACUUCUUGACUGUCAUCUAUAUCGGUUUUGUUGCCGCACAUACGCUCCCAGUUCUCUAUGAAAGGUAUGACGAUCAGAUCGAUAACUUCGUGUACAAGGUACUUGAUCAGAUGCAAAAUCAGUAUAAGAAGGUGGAUUCUGGUUUGCUUAGCAAAAUCCCCAAGGGAAAUCUCAAAGGAAAGAAGUUUGAAUAGAUUCAUGUUUAUGUAAAUGGUUUGAUUUUUAGUAUGCAUUUCUCGUUUGUGAUGAAGAUGGGACACAACUGAAUUUGAUGUUUCUAAUUUGGCUCUAAUGUUUCCUUUUUCUAAGAUGAGGUCUUCAAAAUUUGUGUUA